AUGGCCGCGUCACUGCUGGAGUCGGCCAGCCUUCCUGGUGCACCUGACUCAGCAGUCACCCCAGCACACGUCACGGCAGCCAUGAUGGCUGAGGAGGCAGAGCCCAGGGGUCCCCCACCCUCCCGCCUCCCCUGUACCUCGAGUCUCCCUCUCCUGGAGGAGACCAGCAGCGGAGCCAACAGCAGGAAGACAUUGGUCAAUCAGGUUACUGUGAUCACCGGGUCCACAGUGGUGAUCGGCUUCACCAUCUCCCGGCAUCUGGCCCAGGAUGUGGCCCACGUGGUGGUCAGCAGCCAGAAGCAGCAGAAUGUGGGCCUGGUGGUGGCAGCAUUGAAGGGGGUGGGCCUGAACGUGAUGGGCACCGUGUGCCACGUGGGGAAGGGUGAGGACCGGGAACAGCUGGUGGCCAUGGUCCUGGAACACUGCAGGGGUGUUGACUUCCUGGUGUGCGUGCCAGGGAUCAAUCCUUUGACGGAAAGUACCGUGGGGAGUAGUGAGCAGGUCUGGGACAAAAUCCUGGACGUGAAUGUGAAGUCCUCCACCCUGCUGUGGAGCCAGCUGCUGCCCCACAUGCAGAACAGGGGCCACUCAGGGCACGAGAGCCCUGAGGAUGGUGACCCUGAGACACCCCAGAGCCCGUAA